AUGGCUGGUAUGCGAGCUUUGCUGCCUGGUUUACUGGCGGUUCUGCCUUACUGUUCGGCUCAGUAUGCCGACUUCUCCAUUCCUUCGACAUUUACCAAUUGGAACAAUGAGGGCUGGGAAUUGAGCACAGAUAGCCUGAUCCAGGGUCAAUAUCAGUCUCGUGCGCCAAUGGGCAAUGGGUAUGUUGACUGCCCAGAUAUCGGUCACUCCAGAUACGUAGAUACAUGGNGCUGCGCACUCGCUGCUGCCGGUCCCUUCUUCGAAGCAGAUGUCAACUUGACCAAUCCUGAUGGUGGUAACCCUCCAAUUAACGGCUGGCCUUUGGACAAUCCCAGGCAAACCUUCUGUACCGUUUCAGGCUUCUUUAACUCUCAGAAAAACACCACAAGAACCAACUUCCCAGAACUACUUUUGAAGGGUGGAGAGAGUGUGAUUGCUGGUAUUCCCAACUGGCCUAACCUCAUCCUCGAAGUCGAAGGUGCCGUGUUGAAUGCAUCAGUGGACAGUGCCACCAUCUCCGACUUCAAGUCUACAAGAUCGCUGAAAAAUGGGCUCCAGACAUGGAACUACACCUGGACUCCGAGCCCAAACACCAGUAUGUCUGUCUCUUACGAGAUGUUCAUGGAUCGCUCCCAGCCGAACGUAGCUGCAAUCCGACUAUCUGUGACAUCUUCCUCAUCAAUCAAUGCUACUAUUACAGAUCUGAUUGAUGGACGAGGUGCCGUUCGAUCUGAUCCCCAUUCCACAGGUAUGCUGGACAAUUCUAGUACGAUAUAUUCUGCAGUAUCACCGCAUUGGUUGGGAAACAUCACUGCAUGGAUCUUCUCGACAACCGAAGGGCCAGCUCUCGAUGUCGCAUCUCGCGCAAACGCUUCUUCGAGCUUUUAUCUUCCAUCCAACGAUAGCACCAUUGGGCAAUCCUGGAACGUGGCAUUGAAAGCUGGUGCUGCUGUCACCAUCUCGAAGUACGUCGGUAUUGCUUCUUCUGAUGGUUUCAGUGAUCCGCAAUCCGUUGCUCAAGACGCAUCUUUGCAGGCUUCUCAGGCUGGCUUUGAUGAGCUGUUCAGAGGUAGUUCGCAAGCAUGGGCCGAGAUUCUCACAGAUGACAUGGUCGACGAUUACGCUCUCCCCGAUGGUUCGCUUCCAGAAGAUCAGAACGUCAUCGACAUGCAGAUCAUCUCAAAGGCCAAUGCUCACUAUCUACUUCAAAACCUUCUGCCCGAGGAUGGAAGUGACUUAAAUCACUGGUCCAUCAGCGUAGGUGGGCUCGGCUCAGAUUCUUAUGCUGGCCUCAUCUUCUGGGAUGCCGAUAUCUUCAUGUCGCCAGGAGUCUCUGUCUCGCAUCCUAAGUAUGCGGCUCAGAUUCCCAAAUAUCGCGUUAUGCUGUCACCACAAGCAGCAAUCAACGCUCGGGAGAGCGACUUCUCAAGCGAGGCUAUAAUAUAUCCUUGGACAAGUGGCCGUUUUGGUAACUGUACUGGUACUGGGCCUUGUGUCGAUUACCAAUACCACCUAAACAGUGACAUUUUCCUCAACAAUCUGCUCUACUGGAGAGUCACUGGAGAUGACAGCUGGUUUAAGAGUCAAGCCAUCCCUGUCAACGAUGCGAUCGUGCAAAUGUUCUCCGAGCUGGUUGAAUACAACCAGACUGUCAACGGUUAUUCGAUUGCUAAUCUGACUGAUCCAGAUGGUGGUACUGAGCUAAAACACACACACANNGAGUACGCAAAUCAGGUUCCCGAUGGUGCUUACACGCUCGCCUCGGUCGCCAAGAUCAUCGAGUGGACUCAGGGAUACUCUGAAGAGUUCUCGUUGGAAGUUGAAGCCAACUGGUCGUCAAUUGCAGGAAACGUCGCCUUGCCUUUUGCACCGUCUGGAAUCUUGACAGAGUUCCGUGGCGCGAACAACACGGCAGUAAUCAAGCAAGAUGAUGUUGAUUUGAUCAACUAUCCUCUAGAUUACAGCUCCGAGAACUAUACCAGAGAAGACAAGCUCACCUCGUUGGACUACUAUGCUGUCAAGCAAUCUCCCGAUGGACCUGCAAUGACUUACAGUCUCUACUCGAUCUCCGCCAACGCACUCUCCCCAUCCGGUUGUUCCUCAUUUACCUAUGCAUUGAACGGAUUCAAAGCAUAUACGCGAGCACCCUGGUAUCAGUUCUCGGAACAGCAGGUCGACAACUUCACAAUCAACGGUGGCACGAAUCCGGCAUUCCCUUUCAUGACUGGCGCUGGUGGCUGGCAUCAGGUCGGCCCAAUGGGAUGGCUCGGCGCUCGAGUUGUGGAGGAUCAACUUAUCCUUCAACCAGCUCUACCGCCUCAAAUCCCUUAUGUGAGCCUCCGCACCGUGAUCUUUGGUGGAGCAGGAAUCAAGGCUACCAUGAACUACACUCACACCAAUCUCACUCGGACGGACGUAUCCACCUACUUACCACCAAACAGUAGUGACAUUUACGCCAAUCAAUCCAUGCCCAUCGCCAUCGGCUUUUCCAUCGAAGAAGGUCGUAACAUCAGCAUAGCACUAGGACAGACGAUCACGAUCGAGAACCGUGUAUACUUCGACAACAUCACUACGGCAGGAAACCUCGUCCAAUGCCUGCCUGUGACUUCGGAAGGAGAGUAUCAACCAGGACAAUUCCCUCUUGCAGCUGUCGAUGGAGCGGCCAGUACCCGUUGGCAACCCAGAACCCGUCAGCCUGCAUCUCUGACAGUCGAUAUGCAGAAUGUAGACUACCAGCCAUUGACCGGCGUGUCGUUCGACUGGGGUAGCCGUCCACCGACAGCAGCUCGCGUCCUCGUCUACAACUCUACUAGUGGAUCGAAUGGUAGUUCGACGGAUAUUCGAACGGCAGCCUUCUCUGACAUCACAAUCUCGAUGCCAUACAAUGCCGCUACCAAUGAUAUCGUCCAGGAGUAUACGGGUAAUACGUCUUACUUCAGGUUCUCGACUCCUAUUUGGUCAGGCCAGUAUGUCACACUCGAGAUUAGCGGAUGUCAAGCAACAGGCGACGAGUUGGGCGCUACAGUUGCCGAGUUCAACCUGUUAGGUGCCAAUGGUACCAGUGUGGUUGGAAGCGGUGUUAGUACUAACGGAACAUCGUCAAACGCGACAACGAGCAUUGUGACUCCAAGCUCAACGAGAGGAUCAGUAAGCUCGCUGGCAACUGCAUCGAUUACGGCUACGCGAACUCCGAGCUCCCCAUCUCUUCUUGCGUCGAACACAGGCUUCAAGUCCGUCGGCAGGUCGGAACUCUGGUGGUUCAUCACCGGCGUCGUGAUGGUGGUGGCCUUGUUGUAA